AUGAAUUCAGCAGAUCUUACUACAUACUGUGCUUACGAUGUUAUAGCUUGUUUCGAACUGUACCAGGUUUUAUAUCCUGAAUUCAAAAAAAGAUUUCCACAUCCGGUAACAUGGCAAGGGAUGCUUGAAAUCGGUAAUGUUUAUCUGCCUGUUACGAAGAAUUGGAGGAAAUUUUUUGACAACAAUGAAACACGCGCAAAUAAUGAAAACAAGACCGCUGCAAUCGGGGUAGUAUAUGCGGCGAGAAAACUGAUAGAAAAAUUGGAAAAGCCGAUUCAGUCAUACGAACAUGACCCAUGGAUGUGGUCGGUAGAUUGGAGCAGUCGCAAAGGAGCGAACUUUCCCGUGUGGUAUGAAUCGUUACUGCGUAAUAGGAAUCUUGUUUACACACCAAUUGAAGAAUUAUCGCAGGCGGAUGUGAAAUUGAAAAGCCGUGUUGUACCACGAUUAUUUGGACUUUGCUGGGGACCAUAUCCAUUGCACUACAAGACUGAUAAGGGUUGGGGAUUUCUGGUCCCAAAAGAUUCUGGUAUUGCCUUAUCGGAUGUGGCAGAAACGGAGGAAGUUGUCUUAAGACGAGGUGUGAAAGCCACAAUUCCUGUGAGGGCAAUUCUUAACGUAAUACAGCAAAAUAUAGCUGAAGGUGUGGGAAAUGUUGUGCUGCCAGAUUCUCAUUCAUUAAUUAGCAUCUUUGAUUUUCACAAAUUGCCGCAUCCCAAUGGUGAACAUGAUAAUGUCGGUGAUCCAAUUUCAAAAGCUUUCCAUCUGGAAAUUGAAGAAGGUGUUUUAUGGCCUAUGCGUUACAAAAAAGAAUUUUCAGAUUUAUAUCGAGCAAGAAAUACGACUCGGUUUUGGAAUAAUUACAGGGAUCGAUUUCAAGAGCAGGUAGUGAUUUGGUUGGAUGAAAAUGGUGAUGAAGGUGCUAUCGCACCAUCUAUCAUUCCAGCUGGCACAGUAACAAGGCGAGCUGUUCAUAAACUUUGGUUGACAGCUAUUAAUCCAAAGGAUGAUCAAAUGAUUGGUACUAACUUGAAGUCAAUGGUAGAAUGCCCUGAGGAUUGGCAUAUUGUUGGUGCGGAUGUUGACUCACAGGAACAAUGGAUAGCAACAAUGUUAGGUGAUUGUUGUGUGGGCAAAGGUACAGCUGGUGCGACUCCUUUCAGUAAUAUGCUUUUGGCAGGCCAGAAGACUGAUCAUAGUGAUUUGCAUAGUGUUGUUGCGAGGGAAGUUGGCAUCAGCAGAGAUAAAGCAAAGGUACUGAAUUAUGCACGGCUUUAUGGUUCUGGUGUGGUACAUGCAGCUGAAUUUCUGAUGCAAUCGGGAAUGAAUGCCAAGAAAGCAUUAAACGUAAGCAACAAGUUGUUUGCUACAACAAAAGGGAAACGAUUCAAUUUUUUGAAACUGAAUGAAAAUUACAAUGAUUAUUUUCGUUGGUACAUUGAUAAUAUAUGCACUUCAAAAAUGAAGGCGUGCUACGUUUAUGCAAAUGGCAAUUAUUUCUUACCAGAAUAUCGCAUCCAGCAAGGGAAACUGACGCUAAACUUUGAAGACUGGCUUUAUGAAAAUGUUUGGAAUAAACUACGUGAAAAAGGGCAGGAUGAAAUCGAUUUCAACAAAGACUGGUUAAUUAAACAAAUUUACGAUGGGUGCAGUGAAUAUCAGCUUUAUAUUGGAGGAUUCGAAUCUGAUACUUUCAAUUAUUUGGAACUAACACUGAAUAAUCCUGAGCCGCGUACCCCGGUAUUAGACUGUGAGCUUGGUUAUUGCUUGACUCCAUUACCGAAAGAUGUCAGAGAUCACGAAUACUUUUUGAAAAAAUAUCGACGUUCAAUUAUAAAUUGGGUGGUACAGUCAAGUGCUGUUGAUUUUCUCCACUUGCUUAUUGUAUGCAUGAAAUGGCUUUGUGAAAUUUAUCAUAUCGAGGCUCGGUUUGCUCUUUCAAUUCACGAUGAGAUUAGAUAUAUUGUGCCAGCAGAAGAUCGUUAUCGAUGUGCACUGGCGUUAUCACUAAGUAAUAUGUAUGUGCGUGCUAUGAUUUCUCAAAAAUUAGGCAUCAAAGAGCUACCAAUGUCAGUUGCAUUCUUCAGUCAAGUUGAUAUUGACCGUGUACUUCGAAAAGAGGUCAAUUUAGUGUGUACGACGCCAAGCGGUGAAUGCAUUCCACCAGGAGAAGCACUGGAUAUGAAUGCUAUUUUGAUGAAAACUGGUGGUACGUUGAAGAAGGCUACAGUGUCGGAACAUCAACAGCAUAAGGCAAAACACUCCAGAAAACAUUGA